AACAUCAGGCAAACGUUUCCCAUCAGCUCAGAAGAUUCUUCAGGCUUAUAUGACGUUUGAGGCCUUGUGUGACCACAGUUACACAUUUGCAUGCGUGUCAUGUGGCUAUCAUCCUGUGACUGUGGUUAUGGAUCUUCACAAGAAAGGAGUGUUUAGCAUGCCUGUGAGUGAUAUUGAGGAACCACCAGCAGAUUUUGAUGGCAGGGUGAAUGCUGAAGAGUUCUGGCAGAAGGUGCAAAUGGAAGUGAUUUCCCGGGGAUUGGUGUCUAGCAACAAGGAAAACCCCUUUGUCAUCCAUCCUAGCUACCACAACUGGGCACCUUGGAUAGGGCCCCACACCAGGAGUGGCAAUACGGAAUACCAAAAAAUGCAUUCCCCACACAGUCCUGUGGAAGAGUUGGAGCUGACGGUCAUAGAGGACCGACUCAUAGACGAGCUUCUCAAAGUCAAGAUGGGAGAUCUACGAAGCUUGUGUGGUCAGUGUGGUGUGGACCCCCAAGGUUCACGAAUGGACAUUGUAAGCAGGCUUCAGCAAGAAAUGAAGAACAGAGACAGCUAUGACAAGGUCUUCUCUCAGAUUUGGGGAGCUUCAGGUACCUACUACUUUCUGGCAAAUAAGUGGAUUUACAUGCACACUACUUACACUGUGGAUAGGCAGUAG